UUCCGUGGGGUGGCGCUGCUGUCCCAGUGAAACGACUGAGAUGAGGCUGAGCGGCAGAAGCAGAAAUCUGUUCUCUGACACAACAGUGCAAUGGCUGCGGCAGUGUGCAUGAACUGUUAAAUACUGGUUUCUUUACCAGUAAGAACUAACUCACACUGCGCAUGGUUUGCGUGUCUCGCAUCUGGGAAAAGCACUACAAGCGGUGGCCAUAGCGCUAAGGCAACUUGGCAGCUCCUACCAACUGUUACCCUGGUAUCAGGAAGAAGACAAACUAUCAGGCUGAAUGGCAGAGCCGGAACUUCUGCUGGACUCAAAUAUUCGACUCUGGGUGGUCCUGCCCAUUGUCUUCAUCACCUUUCUUGUUGGGGUGAUACGGCAUUAUGUCUCUAUUCUUCUUCAGAGUGACAAGAAGUUGACAUUAGAACAGGUUUCUGACAGCCAGGUUCUUAUUCGCAGCAGAAUUCUCAGAGAAAAUGGAAAAUACAUUCCCAAACAGUCCUUUUUGAUGAGGAAGUUCUACUUCAAUAAUCAAGAAGACGGAUUUUUCAAGAAGACCAAAAGGAAGGUUGUUCCACCCUCUCCAAUGACAGAUCCCAGCAUGCUGACAGACAUGAUGAAAGGCAAUGUCACCAAUGUGCUUCCCAUGAUCCUCAUUGGAGGCUGGAUCAACUGGACCUUUUCAGGAUUUGUAACAACUAAGGUUCCCUUUCCUCUCACUCUGCGCUUCAAGCCCAUGCUACAGCAAGGAAUAGAGCUGCUCUCACUGGAUGCUUCCUGGGUGAGCUCAGCAUCAUGGUAUUUCCUGAACGUCUUUGGACUGCGAAGCAUGUACUCAUUAAUACUCGGCCAGGAUAAUGGCGCGGAUCAGUCGAGGAUCAUGCAGGAGCAGAUGAGUGGUGCUGCCAUGGCUAUGCCUGCAGAUACAAAUAAAGCUUUCAAGGCUGAAUGGGAGGCACUGGAACUGACUGACCAUCAGUGGGCACUGGAGAGUGUAGAGGAGGAUCUGAUGACCAAGGAGCUGGACUUUGAUGGCAUGUUUAACAAGGAGCUGCCCAGUGGUAUAUUCUGAUGGCCUCAUCACGUCUUGGAGUCUUCACUUUGAGUUUUGAUCAUUGCAGGGGAUUUGCUUUUGGUUAAAACACAGAAAUGGGCCAAAUCCCUUCAUGUUAUGCAAAGUUUACAUUCACUUACUGUAUUUUUUUGUUUUUGUCUUUUCACAUGUAUUACCUUUUCAUUCCACUCCAUAAAAUAUCUGAAAUGACUUACAGUUUUUCCUAUUUGCUAACACACUGUAAUUACUUUCCUCAGGACAAAAAUCCAUACACUUACCUCAGUUUUUCCAAAAGAUACAGACUUGUCCUAUAAUUGUUAACACUAUUCACACAUUUUCAAUAUGUGAUUUUUUUUUUUCCGCAAAACUCUACACAAAAGUGGUCAAAUGAAUCAUUGCACUUUAUGCUCAGUCAUCAAACACUUGCAUCAAUACAGUGAGUCAUCACCCUUUGAACUCAGUGAGCACACCUUUUUCCAGUUGUGAACACUAAGUUACAGAAUUUAUGACACACAAAUCAGAGUGGCAUGUCUAUGUACUUUGGAACAAUGGAUCUUAACCAAACAGAAGGUGGAAGACAUCAGAGGGGUGUUGAAGGUCAAGCCCUCUAUAUCAAGAGGCCCUCUAUUGCCAUGCAAUACCACUUUGCGUCCACAGCACACGUACUUGCAUUCAUAGAUCAACUUUCCAACCAUCUUCCAACACCAAGGGGACCCAAGGCAACCAGAGCAGCCAGAGAAUGUUAUCAAUUGGGAUAAUAUUUUUUUAUCUUGCUGCUCUGGGUCACCCUGGUUCAGCUGACCUUUCCACAUUCACAGUUUUUUUUUCUUAUCUGCAUAUUUUUGUCAGCAUAACAGUGGAAAAGAGUAUGACGGAAACCCUCACACAAAAGGAAAAAUGUGGUGGCAGUGUAAGAGGCCUGGGGUGAUGUGUCUUUGUAAGACAUCCAAGGGCCAAGCAGAGCACACUUCCCAUGUUGUCUGGCAAGGGUUAACAUCAUAUGUGAUCUAAAUGAAAUUCUGUGAACUGACCCAGACCAGAGAAACAGGGAAAAUAAUGCAGAGUAGUUAGAUUUAUAUUUGCAGUAUGCUGCCUUUUUCCUUUAAUUUUUCCACUUAUCUGUAUACAGUAUGCCCGUGCAAAUUCUCAGUCAUCCAGGUCUUUUAACUUUUUCAGCACUUAUCUAUAUAUGAUAGUAUUGUUUUUAAUGUCUUUUGACAGUGUGUUGCCAUAAGGAUAAUCUGUAUGAUCAGUGCCGUCAUGUUAUCAUACUAAUUUUAGGGAGUAAAGCAACCCCUUUUGGUAGAAAUCCUUUCAAAUAAUCCCUCUAGUGACUGAAAAACAAGCAUGUAGUGUGUUAUGACUGUUAGUGUGUGUCAAUUGAGAGCAAAGUUUGAUUUUGACCUGGAAGUUCAACAGAUGUGAGUGUUGUUAUGAGAAUGUGUGUAGUUUUUUUUUUUUUUUAAAUGGUGAAUUGUUUCA